AUGCCGCUGCCGCGCCGCGCGUGGCCCCAACGGGCAGCUCCGCCUUUGGUUGCGUUGGUGGGGCUCCUCCUCCUCCUCCUCUGCCUGAGCCCGGGUGUUUCAAAGGGAAAUAAACUUAGGUUGAUGCUUCAGAGAAGAGAAGCCCCUGUUCUGAUGAAGGAAGAGAUGUCUGUAAAAGAAGAUAAGGCCAAGGAAUUCUUAAACAAUCUGAAACGUCAGAAGCGCCAGCUUUGGGACAGAAGUCAGCCUGACGUACAGCAGUGGUACCAGCACUUCCUCUAUUUGGGUUUUGAUGAAGCUAAAUUUGAAGAUUAUGUCUCCUACUGGUCAAACGUAGGCCAUGGUGGCCAUGAAUACGAUGGUGGCUAUUACCAUCACCAUUAUGAUGAAGAUGCUCCUAUUGGCCCACGAAAUCCAGACACCUUCAGACAUGGAGCAAACGUCAAUUAUGAUGAUUAUUAUUAAGAUUCUUCUCUGUCUUGACUAUUAAUAUUAAUCCUUUCCUCUCUGUAUUGACUAUAUUAACUCUUUCUCCUCUGUGUAAGGACACUAGAAAGUUUUUUUUAUUGGUUUUAAUCUGAUUCUUAAUUUUUAGCUAAUGGGGUUGAGGGAAAAAAAACCAAAAAAUUUGGUCUUGUAUAUAGUCCUUAACAUAUCUGCAGUAAAAUUAAAGCUUUUUUAUACCAAAUUUUAAUUAUGUAUUCUGGUAAAAUACUUACAUUAUGAAGACUAACUUUCCUUACUGAGACAAAUAUGGCCAUCUAUUUUAUAU